AUCUAUUACCAAGAAAAACAUCAAAGAGUUCUCUCUCCACACGUACAAGAAAGAACACGUUCUUGAAUCUCGAGCUUCUCUUCUCUUCUCGUAUCUUCUCUCUCUACAAUCGCAUAAAAUAAAGAUACGUACAUACAGACGAAUACAUGUUUUGUUUGUGUAUAUAUAUACCUUUCUGCUAGAGCUUUGUUGUAUGCACAAACACUGGCUCUGCGUGGAUGUUUUUACAAAGAUUUGAGCGUAUAGGUUGGAGGUUGUGGGUUGUGGAAUGAUAUAGGGUGGUUUGUUGGUUUUCUUUUAGCUUUUUGUUUAGUGUGUGGCUGAUAAAUUUGGAUAUUUGCGCCGACUAUUGUGUGGUUUAUCAAAGAUCCGAAUUUUGGAUUUAUCUGCGCACUCACUGGACCGAGACCCGGAGCUGGCGGAUUCUUCCGGAGUAAUCGUUUGUUGAUGCUCAUCUAAUUGAAGCUGCUUUGAGUUGGGCGGUGUCGUCAGAAUCCUCCGGCAGAGAUGGUUGCCUUUGGGAAAAGGUUGAAGGAAAGACAAAUUCAAGAAUGGCAGGGAUACUACAUCAACUACAAAUUAAUGAAGAAAAAAGUGAAGCAGUAUGCUAAUCAAAUUGAAACUGGAGCCCUGGAUCGCCGACAUGUUCUCAAGGAUUUCUCAAGAAUGCUAGAUAAUCAGAUUGAAAAAAUUGUUUUAUUUAUAUUGGAACAACAAGGUCUUCUGGCAAGCAGGAUUGCCAAGCUUAAUGAGCAACAAGAUGCUCUCCAGGAACAGCCUGACAUAUCCAAGAUAUGUGAGCUACGUGAGGCUUAUAGAGCAGUUGGACAAGAUCUCUUAAAGCUUCUCUUUUUCGUUGAAAUGAAUGCCAUUGGUCUGCGGAAGAUCCUUAAGAAGUUUGAUAAGAGAUUUGGGUACAGGUUCACAGAUUACUAUGUGAAAACUCGUGCUAAUCAUCCUUAUUCCCAACUUCAGCAAGUUUUCAAGCAUGUGGGGUUGGGAGCUGUUGUUGGAGCUAUAUCUCGAAACCUUGCGUAUCUGCAGGAUCGCCAGGGAAGCUACUUAUCUAUAUAUGACCAGCCUACCCUUCCCUUCCAGGAUCCUGUUGUUGAGUCAAUAAAAUCAGCUGUUGAUAGAUUAACUCACUCGACAAAUUUCCUUAACUUUCUGGGACAACAUGCACUUAUCAUGCAUGAAGAGUUGCCUUCUCCUGCUGAGGAACAUGUUGAUGAUCAGCGAUACCAUUUCAUGUCACUUCUUCUCAACUUGGCAAACACAUUUCUGUACAUGGUUAAUACAUACAUUAUUGUUCCAACAGCAGAUGACUACUCUAUGAGCCUUGGAGCAGCAGCAACAGUCUGCGGUGUCGUGAUUGGAGCAAUGGCAGUCGCACAAGUAUUUUCUUCUGUCUAUUUCAGUGCUUGGUCUAAUAAGUCAUACUUCCGACCUCUGGUAUUUAGCAGCAUAGUACUCUGUGUCGGAAAUGCUAUGUAUGCAAUGGCUUAUGAUCUCAAAUCACUAUCAGUACUGCUGCUUGGUAGACUACUUUGUGGGUUCGGUUCUGCCAGAGCGGUAAACCGUCGUUAUAUUAGUGACUGCGUGCCUCUUAAAAUCCGCAUGCAAGCAUCCGCAGGUUUUGUUAGUGCUAGUGCUCUAGGAAUGGCAUGUGGUCCUGCAGUAGCUGGGUUACUUCAAACCAAAUUCAAGAUCUACAAUAUCACAUUUAAUCAAGUCACUUUGCCUGGAUGGGUAAUGGCUAUCGCGUGGUUAAUCUAUCUUAUAUGGUUGUGGAUCUCCUUCAGAGAACCAGCUCAUGAGACUGAGGUCAACCACGUGCCACAAAAAUCUAAUGCUGAACAUGAUAAGCUUGAGAAGGGUCUUGCACAACCAUUACUACCAUCAACACAAAAUGAAGAAAAUGGUGAGGGGAAUGAAGAAUGUGAAGAGAGUGAAGAGGCUCCAGAGGACUCUCGUCGACCAGCCAACUCACUAGGAUCCGCCUAUAGGUUACUUACACCUUCCGUAAAGGUUCAGUUGCUGAUCUACUUUAUGCUUAAAUAUGCUAUGGAGAUCCUACUUUCAGAAUCAAGUGUUGUUACAACAUACUAUUUUGGUUGGACCACAGGCACCGUGUCGAUUUUUCUUGCCUGCCUAGGCUUGACAGUGCUUCCAGUAAACAUUGUUGUUGGAAGCUACAUAAGUAAUAUGUAUGAGGACAGGCAAAUAUUACUGGCAUCUGAAAUUAUGGUCUUGCUGGGUAUAAUUUUCAGCUUCAACUUCAUAAUCCCAUAUUCUGUGCCACAAUAUGUCUGCUCAGGCCUCAUAAUGUUUGUAUCUGCUGAAGUAUUGGAAGGGGUCAAUUUGUCACUCCUCUCCAGAGUAAUGUCAUCCAGACUUUCCCGUGGAACCUACAAUGGUGGCCUUUUGUCCACAGAAGCUGGGACACUUGCACGAGUAGUUGCAGAUGGCACAAUCACUGUUGCAGGGUUGUUAGGCCAGAGUAUGCUCUUAAACAUCACCCUUCUCCCUUCCCUAGUGAUUUGCAUCGCCUCGAUUAUUGCUACCUGCUGUACAUACAACUCCCUGUACUAAGACCUGGUUGUGUUUAGACCAUGUAGUGAGGUCGUCAAAAAGCAUCGUCCAUUUCCAUUCAUUCUUUAUUAUUUCUCCUCGAAUGAAUGUCUUAGUCAGUCUGAAAUUCUGGUUUUUCUUUUGUUUGACUAUUGCAUCAGAAUGUUGUAAAUUUCAAGCAACAAUAGUCUCACCAUUUUAUCUUUAUAAUAUUCAUCCUUGUGGUGUCCCAAGUCACGUA